AUGGAUAGACCACUCGCCGCGAGCAGCAUGUCCGAAGCAGAGGAGGUCUGCGUGGUGCCUGAGCAGCAGCGGGAGCCUGAAGCGACGUGCUCUGGGGGCCCCCCCACAGGCAGGGGAGCAGAGGCCAAGAAGAGCCGCUCCUCCCGCUCCUCCCGGGCUGGGCUGCUCUUCCCUGUGAGCCGCAUCGACAGGCAGCUGCGCAAAGGCCGGUUCGCCCAGCGCCUUGGAGCCAGGGCCCCCGUCUUUCUGGCUGCUGUGCUGCAGUGGGUGACGCACAAGACCAUGGACAUGGCUGGGAAGAUUUCCAAGAGGAGCAACCAACAUCGCAUUUCCCCGGGCCACUUGCAGAUGGCUGUGCGGAACAGCUCUGCACUCAAGCAGCUCCUGCUAGGCAAGCCCAGGCACCACAGCAGGGCUGUCCCCCAAAGCCAGCGCGUGGCCGCACCCUCCAGAAAGAGGAAGGCCAAGGAUAGGAGAAGAAGGCGCAGGCAACGGGCUGCACCUGCCCGUGCCACUGCUGGUGUCGCUGCCAAGUGA